CUUAAUGAAUAAGAUGCUCAAAAAAUUUCAUCAAAAUAUUUCACAGGGAACCACCUCAAAUGGCUACGUCCGGACAGAGUCUCCUAAAUAAGAGUUUAUUUGACUUUUUUUGUUAGUACAUGAACCUAUUUACACCUUUUCCCAAAUUUGAGAAGCAGAGACAAAAGUCAUACGGAGUAUAUAAAAAGAAAAAACAAAAGAUAAAAAAAGUAAAAUUAGAAAAAUUAAAGGAAAAGAAAAAAAGAAUAAAUGGAAGCAGAAAAAAAAAGUUAAAAUUCGACAAAUUAAAGUUUCAAAAUUAUAAGAAGAGAAAAAAGAGAAGCAGAAAAAAGGGACAAAAAAAAACAAGAAGCAGAAGCUACGAAAAAACAAUAAGCGGAGGAAGAGAAACAAUGAAACAUUUAAUGAAAGGAAUAAAGUAAGAACAAAUGGGAAGAGCAAAUCGGAAGAGGAAAGACCCAUGGAAGGAAAAUAAAUCAACCAGAUACCCUUCUCCUUAAUUAGUAGCCUCCCUUUUGCAAGUAAUUAUAAAAAUAUCUGGCGGUACCUAAUCACACGGUACAAUCGGGUGUACCGUAUAUUUUUGCCUUUGCGACCCUAAUUGGGCGGUUCCACUCCCGGACUAAAAAAAAUUGCCUUGAAAUCAAAAAAAUAUAAACGGGUCACAUGUUUGCGUUGUUUAAUAAUGUCAUAACACACUUUCACAUAUUUGCAUACUCCCCUGAUUUGUCAAUUUACCCGGGCAAUUCGUGUAAAAAAAUGCAAUUCGUAUAAAUGCAUAGUCACCAUAUUACUUGAUAUGUUUAUACUUAGACUUAUUUCAAUCUCAAACCAAUUCAAACUUAGACAAAUCAUACCAGACCAUACUUGAAUAAUAGAAAUAGUAGAAGCACAUAUUUGAAUAUUUUCCCACAGAUUUUAUAUUCAAGUAUAAUUCAAGAAUGACAUAACACACUUUCACAUAUUUUACUCCCUUAUUUUACCUAUUUGGAGAGACAAUUUGUCUAAAAAUGCAAUUCGUGUAAAUUUAUAGUCACUUUAUUACUUAGUCAUUAUAAAUAAUUUACAUUAAAUUAAUUUAUAUAAACCUUUGAUUUUCGGCAGGUGUUGCUGGUGAUACCUCAUGGGAGUAGAAAGGAUGCAGUCAAUGCGACGAUUAAUUCAUCAUAUCUGUGGUCGGGAUGCGCAGUCCUUCGUUUGACAACAAAUAUGUGCAUGCAGAACACGGUUAAUCCAUCAUAUUCUUAUGAUGUGAAGGUCUUUUCAGAUUGGAUUGCCAACAUUGGUGACAGUGUUGCGGGUGAAAGUAAUGAUGGUCAUGUUCGUAUUACUAUUCAUGAAGAUAUAUUGAUAUUCAAGGGUGGAGAUCCUAUAGCUGCGAAUGUUGAAAGCAUAUUUCCGGAAUAUGUUGAAUCUGCAGGUGAUAUGAGCUCUUUGCGCGACCAUGCAGUUUUGGCACUGACACUGGCUGUGGUUGAAGUUGUUAAUGAAUAUAUGAUGGCUCUUAAUGUUGGUGAAGUUUCAAGAACAUAUCUUAGUUCUGAGUCUUCUGAGAGUGUUUCUAAGGGACCCCGGUGAUGCUUUUGCGAAAUAUCGAUCAUUCAAUGGGGUUGUGUAACGGGACACGUCUUAUUCUAACGAGGCUCGGUGAUCAUGUUUUGGAGGGGAAAUUUUUAACAUGUGUGAGUGCUGGACAAAAAGUAUUAAUUCCUAGAUGUCCUUGACGCCAUCCGAUGCAAGCUUGCCUUUCAAAUUUCAUAAGCGACAAUAUCCUGUUAUGACUUCAUAUGCUAUAACUAUAAAUAAAAGUCAAGGUCAAUCUUUGUCACGUGUUGGGUUGUUCUUGAAAAAACCGGUAUUUACCCAUGUACAUUUGUAUGUUGCAGUAUCAAGGGUUAUCAAUCGUUGUGGUUUGAAAAUUCUAAUUGUUGAUGAAGAUGAAGGAACCACUGACAAGAUUCAGAAUGUUGUAUAUUCAAAGAAGUGUUCAACCAUGUUUAAGUUUACAGUAAAUGCAUAUUUACAAUGUUAUGGUUUCAACGUAUUUGUUGGAUGUUUUUUAUCUCUUAAAUAAUGCUUAAUACUCUCAUUUUGACCAUAACAUUAUAAGUGUGUUUC